CCAAAAAAAGUCCUGAAUUCCAUUCCAAUUUGCCUUGGACACUAAACCCUAAUUCCCGCUUCAAGGUAUCGCAGCCUCCACAGCUUCUGGUUUCAGAGAUUGCGAUCUGCAAUGGCGACUAUACCAGUUAAUCCCAAGCCUUUCUUGAACAAUUUGACUGGGAAGCCUGUUAUUGUGAAACUAAAGUGGGGAAUGGAGUACAAGGGUUAUCUUGUUUCAGUUGAUUCCUACAUGAACUUGCAGCUGGCCAACACUGAAGAGUACAUUGAAGGCCAGUUUACUGGAAAUUUAGGAGAGAUUUUAAUCAGAUGUAACAAUGUUCUCUACCUUCGUGGAGUACCAGAGGAUGAAGAAAUUGAAGAAGCCGCAGAAGACUAGAAUGAUAGGUGCUAGUUGUAAUUGUUAUGACAUGAACAGAACUCCAUUUUUUACUGUUUUUGUAUCAUCACUUAAAUAUAGGCUUUCUUUAGUUGUGUGUAGUGAUUUGAAUCAAUGAUAUGCAUCACUUGCGAUAAGGUUACCUAUAUUCAAGUUCUUCACAUUCCUGGCUUUGGUUCUACCAAAAUCAUAAGCUGCAUAUCGAUCUUGAUGUGUUUCAAAUACGGGUGAGAAUGAGGAUAGCUUCUCUAGAAUACGCAUGCAGCUCGAUAUGUAGUAAGCUGAAAGUUUUAAUUCAUAAAAGUUAAGACAAUUAUAUAAUUGAUAUUCCAUUCAAGUCACCUCAAAGUAGAUGUUGAAAGAUGUAUUAUCGCGCCAGAACAUUACUAGCAUGCUAGAACUUGUCGAUGCUUCUAUAUUUCUUUGAUUUUGAAGAAAUACCUGGAGAUGGAGAGGAUGUGAAUUUAAAAUGUGCUGUUAAUUGUGACGGAUGGUUUUUAAGAAU